AUGCUGUUCAGACCUCUCUUGGCCGCUCGCGCAGCCUCGAGGGACUUUGCCUCGGCUCGCGCCCUGGCGCGACACGGUGCGAGCAUGGCUAUUCGUUGGUACACACCCGGAACACUGAAAAUCAAUGCGGAGCGUAUGAUGAAGACGCUUCACGAUACAUGCGAAUGGGGCUCAGCGCACCGAUAUGGCCCUGGCUCAUUCGAAACAGGGAUGGCUCGGCUCACGCUAGACGAGAAUGAUGCUAGUGUUCGACGCUGGUUGGCGGACGAAGCGACGAAGUUGGGUUGCUCAGUGACUGUGGACGAGAUGGGCAACAUGUUCAUGGUGAAGCAAGCCAAGCGAUCCGGGCAUCCGACUGCUAUGGGAAGCCAUCUCGACACGCAGCCGACCGGUGGGAGGUACGAUGGCAUUCUUGGUAUCAUGGCCGGCCUGGAGGCGCUGCGUACAUUGAACGAUCACAAUGUGGAGACAGAGUUUCCGGUGGCUUUGGUCAACUGGACCAACGAGGAAGGUGCGCGCUUUCCGCAGUCGAUCGUAGGAUCAGGCGUAUGGUGUGGUGACGUACCUCUUGAAAGGGCGUGGAUGCUGCAGGAUGUCAAGGAUCGCGCCUUGACGAUGAAGUCCGAGCUGUCCAAAAUUGGAUUCUUGGGGGAAACACGCUGCAGCCACGAGGCAACACCGCUAGCUGCACACUUUGAGCUGCAUAUCGAGCAGGGGCCGAUUCUGGAAGCAAGCGGUAAGAAGGUGGGCAUCGUUCAAGGAGGUCAAGCGUACAAGUGGUUCGACAUCAGCCUUCGCGGUCGAGAGUGUCAUACUGGUUCAACGCCGUUUGAGACGCGGUCAGAUGCGAUGCUGUGUGCGUCAAAGAUCAUCGUCGAGAGUAAUCGCAUUGCCAAGGAGCACAAAGGACUCGCUAGCACUGGCAUCCUACGUCUAUCGCCAGGCAGCGUCAAUACCUGUGCAGGCCAUGUGCUUUUCACGCUCGAUGUGAGGCAUCCUUCGACGGACAGACUGACUGCGCUCUGCAGUGAGAUCGAGGCGGCUGCACAUCGGAUAGCGUCGCAAGAAAGCGAGAAGGGGUGUCAAGUGGAUUGGGUCGAAACAUUCCACAGUCCGGCGAUCACGUUUCAUCCUGAUUGCAUCUCGAGCGUGCGUAAAGCGGUGGAGGUCAAUUGCGGUGCCGAGCAGGGAGUAGACAUCUACAGCGGGGCAGGACACGACACAUGUUCGACAAGCAAGGUUUGCCCUUCGAGCAUGAUCUUUAUUCCUAGCAAGGAUGGCAUCUCGCAUAAUCCAAGAGAGUACUCGUCGCCAGAAGACUGCGCGAUUGGAGCCCAAGUGCUGAUGGACGCUGCGCUGCUGUACGACGCUCAACGGAAAGGAUAA